AUGACGUCCACGGUUUUGGCACAAAUCACAGAUGAACUUGGCACGAAUCUAUCGUCAGACCGGGAAUUACACCUCAUCAAAUCGGCACAUCGGAUAAUCGACAAAAAUCUGAAUUUGACAGUGUUAACGGAUCGAAAUGAUACUUACCACCGAUAUGUGCACCGAUUGAUGAACAUAACGUUUUUGAGUUUGGAAAAAUCAAAUGCAGACAUCCGAUUAGCUGCCGAAGCGUAUUUCGAACAUAUUUUGAAGGCUUACGAAUGCUAUGGAUACCCUGAAACAUCGCUGAAGUUGCUGGCCAUGAGCAUCGAGAGGCUAACUGGAGCUCGACAAGUGACAAAAGUCAUCAAAUAUCUUUCUUACUACCUGGAUAUUUUGCCAAGACAACGAACUCCUGAAAAAUCGGGCCGCACUUUUCACCAAGAAGUCGUCAAAACCUUAAUCCUUCGAAGUUUGGACAUAGAUCAAACCAUAUGUCACCAGGCACUGGAGAAGUCGUGUGAUAAACUAAUAUCAGCGGUGAUUUGGCAAAUGGUGGACCUAAAAGAAAUCGCCGAGAAGACUCUUCAAAAGCUUUGGAACUCCAGAGGUCACGCUUCGAGAACAAUGGCGGCCUUGUUAGGAGCUGUGAUGGAUGCGUCAGGAGAAACAUUUAAAUUAACCUUCCACUUUCAUCUCGAAAAAGUCAUCGACCAGUUUGUGAGCAAUAAGCCAGUACCUGUUGGAGCUAUCAGUUUGAUCAAACGGUGUUUCGGACAAUACGCAAAAGGGAUUUCUCAGGAAACCCUUCAAGGAGUCAGUGAAUCUAUCUGUAACUUGAAAAAAAGCAAGACAAUUUUUCAGUCAACCGAAAUGCUGCUUUUGAUGAUACGAGACUCGUCGAAUGAAGUUGCUUAUGAUGCCUUCGCAGCGCUAGAAGAGCUACUCAAAGCCGAUUGUUCACAACUGGCUGGAUUCGUACCUGGAAGGUUCUUGAGAAGGCUUCAUGGUUCGACAACGUCGGAGUCGGAAGAAGCUCCGGAUCCGUCCGAAUUCGUGGAUCCACUGAUGAACGCGGAUCUUUACGAAGAGCUCCAAGAAACGCUGCCACCACCAAAAGUGGAUCUUUUCCUCGAGGCAUUUGCUAAAAUCACAGACGAAUCGUCAUCAGUAAAUCACUACGCUGCUGCAUUCCUCGGCAAACAUUACCUUUUGACUGGCCAUGGAAGACUACUGAAGACCGAUCGGCAGUCAAAAGACUCGAUGAAGAUUUUGGCGAUCCGAGUUCUGAAUGUCAUAUGUGCACAAGAGCCGUUGAAUAAAUUCAUAGUGAAAAUAGGAGAUAAAUCGCAGCAUCUAAUAGACAUAAUCGAGUACUCAACAUCAAGUGAUGACCAAUUAUCGCAGCAAGCCAUCAAAUUGAUGUUUUUGGAGCUGAAACGUGGUGUUGACUUUGGAGGCCUCGACUGUCUUGCUGUCUUCAAAUCUGUCAAGAAAUACCGAUACCUUCUGGAAUCCGUCACUAUAGACCACAUGGACCAUUUGCACGGAACAGAACUACUAGAAUUUCUGGAAAUUAUGGCUUUCCGGUCUCUUCACACUGCUCAUUACGACUUGGGAAUCCCGGAAAUUACUAGCGCGUGCAGUUUUAUGGGAGUGAUAAGAGAUUGGAUGAUGACACGUGGCAUCAAGGAUAAGAAGUACAAGGAUAUGAUCAUUCGAUUUCAGGAUUUUCUGAAAAUUUGUAUCAAUGAAUGCUGGAACUUGCCAAGAUUCGUCAGCGCUGUCCCAUCUUUUUUGACUCCAUUCGGAAAAGAUGUGCCUAUUGAUGACCAGUAUCCACCAUCUCUACCACUUCGUAUGAAUUUGCUAACAGUGAAAAGGCCCACAGAACGAGGGCAUGAUUUACAACCAAAUAACUAUGACGAUUGGAGAGGUUGCCUUUUAGCUGAAGCGUCCAUGCCAACCAUCAUCAAAAUGAAAGCGAUUCUACGGGAAAACAUAGUCAGUGCAGAAUACAUGAGUGCCAAUGAAACGCAAUGGAGUAGAAUGCAAUGGAAUUCCGAUGUUCUUCCACCAAUCCUCCAGCUGAUGGCAAUUUCACUAGCCGAUGACCCUUCUCCUGAAGACUGCUAUCACGGGUUCCACGUAGGAAUGUCAAUUUUGAAUUGGGUUUAUCGGAACGUGUUUAUUGUGAGAGGAGCUGCAGAGACGAAGGAGUUUCCGUUCCUGCAGCAUUCUAGAAUUGAAAUGGACAAUGUGUUGGGAAAUAGAGCGGAAUUUCGAGCGUUGUUAGAUGCGUACUAUGUAAGUGUUAAAACCGUUCAAAGUGCAGCGGACGAGAAGUUGGAGCAGUUGCUGACGCCUACAGUGAAUAUGAUGAUGGCAGCCAUGGAGAGAGACUUCAAAACUUCUACUGACAACGUUCUGGAGAUUAUUGCAUACAUCAAGACUCUUUUCACACUCUCAUCAAUAUCCGCCUUGAAGCUUCUUCAUGCUCUUCUGCGAAGUCUUCUGAACCCGAAACUAAUCGAGUCGCUCACCAGAGGAAAGGUGUUCUAUUUUGAAUCAUCGAACACGAAGACGUUUUCGGAAAAGGAUGAGUAUCUAGUGGAAGCUAUCAAAUGCAAAGGCGACAAAUAUUUUAAUCAUUGGGGAGAAGACAUGGACGUGGAGAAUGUGAGAAUGGGAGCCAUGACAGAGGAAAUUAUGGAGCAGCUUGAGCCACUGAUCACUCAGAGUUUGAAAUGCUUUCGAUUCCGAGGAAACCCUGAGAAGGAGCAAGUUCUACAAAUCAUGAUUUGCCUGAUGAAUCAUAAACUGAAAUUGUCGGAUGCCGAUCCAACAGAUUGCUUGAUGAAACUUGCAGUGUCGACGUUUGCCAGACCAGAAGAGUGUAUAGAUCCUCAAUUAUUUGAGACGCUGAUGCACUUCCUGGCAACUGCGACAAGAUUCCAAGUCGAGGAGAGGUAUCAAAAGCCAAUCACCGCGGCGACAAUGUUAAUGAAAGCUAUCGGAAAACUGUCAGAAGCUAGCGUACAUUGCGCUAUGAAAGCAGUCAGUUUUGCGGUGCACAAUGGAAGGUUCGAAGGGAGAGAUGUAGACGAGUUGCUGAAGACACCGCAGACAACCUGGAAUCGAUGUAUGAGCUUCGCGCCAACAGAGACGUUGUACACGCUGUCGUUGUUGUUGGAGAAGAAUGGCUCCACCAUCAAAAACAAAGAACUAUUUUGGACUACGCUCUCUAAGUGGCUCGAGCAAAACCAUGGAAAUGACCGAAACGUACCAUUUCCCGCCAUCGCUUUCCCGGUCACCAUCUUGUCGGACUACUUGUUGAGUGAUGAAGUGAACCUGUUCGAAAAAAUGGAUCAGUGGCUCGUAAACGGAAAUACUUCAAAUAUUCAAGGCAGAUGUAUAUUCAUCGCUGCACUCUAUUUCUCGAGAGAAAAAGAUCGGGACUGGAGAAGGUAUCUCAAAUAUGUCCUAGAAAAUGGAAAAGGGUCCCAAGCAGCCGAGUACUUACUGGAUUAUGCCGACCGAGAGCUCAUAGAGGAGAUAACCGAAGAAGAUUUGUACGAUCCAAAGCUAGAAGGCGGUAUCAAUGACUUGGUUGUUGAAAGGUUGAGGGAUCAGCAUUUCUGUGGAUCUUAUCAAGACUUAUGUCAUUCCAUAAUCUGUCUUGGAGAAGCAUCUGUGCUAGAUUUCAUUGAUAUUGUCGAGAAGGAGUGGCCAUACGAUGACUGGAUGUGGGCAUUGUUAGUGUCGGAGUUCCAAAGAUUGGAUGAUGACCCUGAGCACCGGCUGGAUCUCACGUAUCGCCUUCAAGACUUGGCAGAAUCUCUUGCUGAGCGAUUCAAUAGUGACGUCUAUCUAAAAUUUCUAGCUAACACUGAGAACGCCGGAUUAGAUCUCAGCUGCUUGAACAUGACUCAAGUUAAGUUUAUCCUUGACCAAGCUACCCCAGGAUGCCUUGACAAGGGAUAUGUCCUUCGAGGAGUUCGUAAUUUGAUCUACCACCCAAGAAUGGCACAACUGAUAGCGGAAGAUGAGCUAGGAACUGCUAAAAUGUUGAUGAAGCUGGCAGAAAACGUAUCUGGAAUCCCUGUGAACAACGCGCUAUUGGCGUCUUAUAGCCAGUAUAGAGUGGAUUUUCACGUGAAAGGCGAGAUGGAUGACCGGCGAGUAAGAGAGAUCAAGAAACUGACACAAUCCAUAUUUGCGAUCAGCCAAGAAGUAAACUUGAGAAAUCCAAAAAAGCUGCCGAAGGCUCUUGCAGCUUGCUUCCGCCACCCCAUACUGAACUCGAUUUUCAAUAUCCCAAUAGUUGCGAUGAAAUGUUUCAACUGGAUUCCUGUUGUAGAGAUUCUGAGAAAACCAUCUAUCACCUGCCUCCCACCAACAGGGCAUGUGUGCGAUGUUAUUGUGCUAGAUGACAUGAGAAACCGCCUCCGGAAGGUUGGAUUCGUUACGAAUGCCCAGUUCGAAGUGCUCUUCACCACUAUGCAAGCAGUCAUUGCUCACACGGUGAUAGGACCCGAAAAGCUGGACCAUGACACCAAAGACGCAAUGGAAAGAGAAGAACGGAGCUGUAAUGCAUUGCAAAUGUACAUUGCUACGAUUUUAAACUCGAUGAAGUAUCCAAUUGGAGGAGAUCCGUAUUCUGGAUUCGUGCUCAAGUCGCCGUAUACAUCCGAGUUGUUCCUUAAGAGCUCCGAGUUUGCGCAUUUGUGUAAUUUGAAGAGUGCCUGGAAGUGUGAACCACGUACGGCGUUCACGACACCGCUAGAGAGACAUGAUCAGUUGAAGUGGAGAAAGUGCGAUGGGAAAACUGAACGCUACGGAAUCUGCCAAACGCCGCUCUUCUCACUAUGGCAGCUGUGUGGGAUGAUGCCCAUCGAAUUCAAACAACAUGCAAACUAUCAUAGAAUCGACCACAGUGCCAGCAACUACUUCUUGACAUCCGCUACAAACAUUGACACGAUAUCCAAUGUGAAGCAAUUGAUGAACAUAUUUGAGUAUUGGUACAGUCAAGGGAUUGAUGAGCUUGGCGAGAACCUUCUCUACACAAUUCUCCAGUCGAUUUUACAUCUAUCUGACUUUUUCGAUGACCCAGAUCUACAUAAGGCGGUACUCAGAACAACUUCAAUCAUAUAUAGACGCGAGUACGACCUGAACCCACUCCUUGCUUCUUAUGUUUAUAUAAUGUUUUUGAAAUCUAUAUCAGUUCUUGGAGCAGACAUGAAUGGACUUGAAUUGAAACCAGGAGAGCUUGAAGCCAUUACAAUGAAACUUGUGAUAGCAGGAUUGGGACAUACAAAAAAGGUUGUCAGGAUUCACACCCUUGCUGGGUUACUGUACCUGGUGCAAUCGGAUUCUUAUGAAUCAUUCAUGCCAUCAAUCGAUUUGUUGUCGACAUGCUUGGAGCGAUAUCUGAAAAAACUGGCUAAUGGGACAAGCAAAGUCCAAACCGAUGAAACGCAAUUCGUUCUUGCUCUAGUCGUCAAGCUUCUGGAAGUUCCCAUACGCUUGAAACAAGACAAAAAGACACUCCUGAAGUUGUUGCUAGCCGCAAUGCGUGUGAGAAAAGAUCGAUUUAUCAUUGAGCUUAUCGCAGAGGGAAUCGAGCAGUUGUUGUGUAGAUCAAAUGAAUUCAAUGGGAAUGUCAUCAACUUUUUAUUGGCUGGAAUCGAAUCACCAGAGCCAAUUCCAUUCCCACUGGACCAUCCAUACUAUUGUCGUGCAGUCUAUCGGAUUCUAAUGGUUGCUGCCACAAGAGCUAAAGUCGCAAAUGAUGAGAUGUCGAUGACUAGAAUCUACAAAGCUCUACAGAAACUCGGAUUUGACUUGUUGAAACGUCGGUCCUGCUGCCCUGCAAUCACAAGAACUCUUCCGUUUUUCUCAAUUUGUAUCAAUGGAGUAGAAAACACAAUUGCCAGCUACAUUGAGGCAUUUAUGGUCAAUGGUAACAAUAUCCAAGCUAGACAUGGAAUGAGUUUGAUGAAUCAGAUUGUCGAAACAGCAGCAACAUCGAAGAAAUGGACUGUCGAGUUGAAAGCGGUUCGAGAAAAGAUGCAAUCGAAACGAGAAUCACUUGAUGAACAUAAUCAACUACUUUUGAAUAUUCUGUGCAGCAAAUUGAUAGAUUAG